GGCCUUUGUCCGCUCCUGUGCUGGCUACCCAGCCAAUUUAAGCUUCUGUGUUGGCUGCCCAGCCUAUGUCUACACCCAGCUUAUGUCUGCUUCUGUGCCGAUUGCCUAGCCUAUGCCUGCUUCUGUGCUGGCCGUCCAGCCUUUGUCCAGUCCUUUGCUAGCUGACCAGCCAAUGUCUGCUUCUGUGCUGGCCACCCAGCCUAUGUCUGCACCCGUUAAUUCCACUCAGCAUGUGUCCACUCCUGUGCUACCGCCUCAGCCCAUCAAUGUCCGAUUCAGUGCCAGCUGCCCAGCCACCAGCCUUCGAGCCUAAGGACCUGCUUAUGUGCUGACCAUCCAGCCUGUGACUGCACCUGUGAAUGUCGCCCAGCCUAUGUCUGCUUCUGUGCUGGCCAUUCAGCCUUUGUCUGCUUCUGUGCUGGCCGCCCAGCAUAUGUCUGCUUUUGUGCUGGCCACCCAGCCUAUGUCUGCACCUGUGAAUUCUGCCCAGACUGUGCCCGCUCCUGUGCUGCCUCCUCAGCCCAUCUAUGUCCAAUUCACUGCCAGCUGCCCAGCCACCAGCCUUUGAGCCGAAGGACCUACUUAUGUGCUGACCAUCCAGCCUGUGUCCGCACCUGUGAAUGCCACCCAGUCUAUGUCUCCUUCUGUGCUGGCUGUCUAGACUAUGUCUGCUUCUGUGCUGGCCGCCCAGCCUAUGUCUGCUUCUGUGCUGGCUGCCCAGUCUAUGUCUGCUUUUGUGCUGGCCUUCCAGACUAUGUCUGCCUCUGUGCUGGCUGCCCAGUCUAUGUCUGCUUCCGUGCUUACCGUCCAGUCUAUAUCUGCUUCUGUGCUGGCCUCCCAGACUAUGUCUGCUUCUGUGCUUACCGUCCAGUCUAUAUCUGCUUCUGUGCUGGCCGUCCAGACUAUGUCUGCUUCUGUGCUAGCUGCCCAGCCUAUUGUUUUCACUAAGCAAAUCUAUAGGGAAAACAAACAAAAUGAUGUAUCCUCCCUUUCAAUUUAUAAUUUUUUUUUUUUACAAUGUAAGUAUAUAUUUUAAUGUAGCUAUAAUGUAGUAAUUGUAGGAUCUGUCCCAUAUGAGACACUUUAUUUGAAAAUAAUGUUUUGUCAGUUUGGCAAAUAUAUUUGACGUGGAACUGAAAAAAAAAAUCUAAAUAAAAUAUACUGAAUGUGUUUCAUUUAAGACCAGACAGCCUAACUAUGCUUGAUACUGUCCAGGGAGAACUCCCUUAAAGGACUGUAACCUUAUGAUAAACUUGAGCUGAAAAUUAUCAUAAUGCUGUUACUAUAUAUAAAUUCCACUAAACUCCCAUAAAUUCAAAAUGUCCAGUUGCCUUUGACUUUAUUCUACUAGAUACUGUUUCUACAAGUCAUUCUGAAUUAAGAAGGCCAGUCAGGCGACCAGUGGAAUGUCUUCAAAAGAAAACUACAGCAAGUCCAGUUGAUUUGACUGAUUGCUAUAGAUAAACCAUGACCUGGAUGAAUAAGAACCUUCACAGACAUGAAACUAAAAAUACAUUUUUAUUCCAAUGAUGAAGUUGGAUCCUCAACAAACAUGAUAAGAUGAAUGCACUACAAACAUUUGCUCUGUCACUUAACCCUGGAACAGAAAACUAGUGCAAUCCAGUGCUGGAGCAGUGUCAAAGUAUGUCCAGGAGAAGUGAUGGUCCAUGCAAACGAGCUACAAAGAUGAAACAAAUAAAGUUUUCUGAUCAGGAAAAGCAUGUACUUGUAGAUAAAGUCAUGGUCCAUGUGGAAAAAUUAUUUAGUAAAAAUGCAGUACAAUUUGGUAGGAAUAUAUGUGUUAUGAGACAUAAUAUCUGGGUAAAUAUAGCAAAAGCAGUCAGUAAGGUUGAUAACACAAGACGCACAGCGCAAGACUGCCAUAAUGCAUGGAAUAAUUACAAAAGACAAAUUCAACGUAAAAUUGAUGAGAUAAAGAAGAAUUUUUUUGACACUGGAAGUUUGGAGCCUCUCAACUAUAAUUUGGAUAGAAGACAGAUGCAGGUUGUCAGGCAUUUCAAGAUGGAUUCUUGUUUGAAGAUGAAAACUCGACAGCUUUCUGGCCAUUCUUUUGACCAUUCUUCAUUGCAAAAAGAGGGUAAUCAGAAUAGCCCAGUGGAUCAUCAGAUGUCACUACCACCAGCAACAAGUCCAUCUGUCCAAAUCCAUCCACCAUUACCAUCGGUUGCAGGAUUUCAAACACCAGCUCCACAGCAGCCAAUGACUUUGGUAUCCUCUUCACAAUCUCCUAUGAAUGUGGCUUCAUCUAUAGGAGCACUAAAAUAUUCACCAAUGCCCUCAACAAGUCAUGCUGGAUCUCCUAUUGUAUAUCUUCAUAGAUCUUCUGAAGGUCAAACCACAUCACUGGCAAAGAGGACAGUGGGCAAUAAUCUGUCCUUAACACCAGAGGCAAAUCAAUUUGCCCAAAUCCCCCCACCAUUGCCACUAGGUGCUGCAUCACCAGCACCACUUCCAGUGCCUGUGACAGCACCUUCACUACCUCCAUUUUUUUCUCUGACAAGACUCACAAAGUCACAAAGUCAGGUGAGAAUUCUUGCACCACCUCGUAGUCCUUCAGCAGUUCAAACAACUCCAUUGGUCAAAAAAAAAAGACCUACCCUAUCUAUAUCCAUGACACCCUCCUGCAAAAUGUCACCAAAAUCUCUAGAUGAAAAAGUAGAGGAGCUGCGGAGGGAGGUCCGUUAUAUGAAGAAAAUGUUAGAAAAAGUUAAUUUUAAUGUUUGUCGUCUUACAACAAUGUUACACAAAUAAAUCAUUCUUUUGCUAUUUGCUAAUAGUAUUUUGUAUAGCAUGCAUUUAAUGAUGGUUUCUUUGUCUAAUUUAGUAUUUACAUUGUAAAAAAGUGUCUGGUUUUGUUUUGUAUAGACAAUACUUUUUUUAUCAAUGUUUGCUUUUAAAUGUAAGUUUCUGUUGCUCUGGAUGGCUUUUGGAAGAAGGCUGUGACAGAUGUGCAUAAAAUAUAUAUUUUUAAUCAUGAUUACACGGCUAUGGUGUGAAAAGUGUAAGGCUUGCGUCUUUGGAUGUCUUUUUACAAAUAAAAAUAUUUUUAUAACUGAA